AUGGGAGAAGUGACAUGCUUCCCGGAAAGCCGACGCCCCGGCAGCAUAUAUGGAGGGGUACGACCAGAUCAAUAUACUGCCGCUGUCGACAAGGCAUGUGAAGCGUUUGCCAAAAAGAGCACGCUCCAGGCCAACGAAGGCAGAGGUUCUUAUGUGUACCAGACAAAGGAUGGCCCCGUUCCAUACUGGUUCAAUGUCGGCGUCAACACUGAUGGGCAUUACACCUGCAAGGAUCUAAAACUCGAGGACCCGAUUGGAGACGGCUCGCAUAAAUGCAGUACCAUUUUCAAGGACGAUAUAUUCGGCGGCUGCAAUAACGGUGGCCGCGGAGGCCGUAUCAAAGUCGGAUGUUUGGUAUACUCAUUUGAUGUUUGCAGCGGAAAGGGCGAUAUCCCUAACGAAGGCGCAUGCUCUGGCGGGGGUAUUGGCGCACCGGAGGUGGCCUUUUAA